AUGGUGCCCUCGCAAUCGGCGCCGGACAACUCCCACGAUCCUACCAAGUUCCCGAGGUCUGCGGCGAGGCUCGAUGAAGAUGCCGAAUGGGAUCAGACGUAUCGGCCUCCAGCCGUGGACCCGGCCUUGCGCCAUCCCCAUCCAGCGCCUCCCCCAGAACCGACCGAGAAGACGAUCCCAGUUCCUUUGGUCCUGACAUCGCCGCGAACCCUCGGCCCUCACUCGCGAUCCAACGCCGCCGGGGUAGCUGACCAGCCCCUUGGCACGGCCAAAUCCGCCUAUGGCCAUCACCGCCAGACGUCCAUCGUCCAUGGCAUCCAGCACUCGAGGAAUGGCAGCGGCGCGAGCUCCUCGUCCAACCCGCUCAGUCCCCAGAUGAUUGCGGCCGCUGGACUGGGGCUCGACCGCAUGGACAUUCAGUCGGCCAUAGCACGCCUGGAGGGAGAUACUACUGGCUCGCCGCGGCCUGUCGCUACACCGACUGGGCAGAUGACAAGCUCCGGCGAUGGAACAUAUCCGAUGAAGCGGUCGCCAUCCGGCAACGGCGUCACUCCCCCAAGCACAACUUCGUCUCGCAGGGCAGAGAGGAUGCAUAGCAAGUCGAGGCGCGACCAUCCGUCGCGCUCGUCCCGCCAUCACCGAGACGAGCAGAAGACUGUAGGCGAAUAUGCUCUGCAUGUGCUGUUUACGUCGUUCAUCGCCCAAGCGGAGGAAAAGCUCAACGAAUGCAUCACCACCCCGUUCGAUCCCGAACCUCAGAUUGAGAAGAUAUGCGGUCCCGGUGUCGACCCGGCUUUCGACCAGCUCAUUGUGGCCCUUGGCCACAUCGCGAGCCCUAAACCGAAGAAUCUGAUCGACUCAAUGAUGCUUUGGAGGAAGAGCAAAAGCGAUGCUGCCAACGAGGCGAGAGCUCAGCUGCAACAGUCACGAGCGGCGCAGCCCAUGUCGCCGCUGCUGCGCAGAAACACCGAACCCGUCCCGAUAGGACCAGUCAUCUCGAACGGCUCCGACAGUGGCCUCUCGAGCGGCAGCUUGCUGGCCUCGAAGCAGGAGUUUGUGGCACAGCAGGAACGCCGCUCGACCGUGUCCAUCUACAUUCUCUGCCGCGUGCUGCUCGAGGUCAUAUGCCAGAGUAGCCUGGCAGCCAUCACUCCCGAGGUGGAAGACAAGCUUGAGAGCAUCAUCUUCGGGCAGCUCAAGAUUGCCGAUAGCGAACAGCUGCUGGCGUCGCCUUUGAAGAUGGCCAACUGGAAUCUGUUUGCGCUUCUCCUCGGCCACAUGAGCGACAUCAACUUUGCCGGGGUCACUCGGAGGUUUAUUGAAGAUCUCGACAAUCAAAUGAAUGAGCGCGUGACCAAGAGCCCGACCUCUCUGUCUCUCCGCGAUGUCAAUGAGGGAAAGAUGGACCUUGUCCUGGGUGGCAUGAAACACCUUCGCAUCAAGAUAUCGCCCGAGGAUGCUUGGGAGCAGUCGUGCGACUUCCUUGUCGCGCUGGGCCGCCUCUUCAACAGAUCCCACGGCCAGAGGGUGAAGACGGCCUUUUGCCAGAUUAUCGAUCUGCUGCUGCUCGGGAUCGCGUCCAAGGCGAGCAACAGCCACCUAAUGCAUCCAAAGUGGAUGGAGGUCGUGGCGGCCAUCGGACCACGGUUGGCCCAAAUGUUCACCAAGCCGCGACACUGGACUGUUGCGUUUCCGCUCACGGCCACGAUGCUCUGCGUUUCCUCGCCCGAUAACUUUGGAGCCCAGUGGCUGCAGCUGAUCCUGCCUCUGCAGACGAAAGUCAAGGACAGGUUGACAAAGCCGUUGUGCCUGCAAGUCAUUUCUCGCCUGGUAUGGACUUACCUCUAUCGUACCAACGACACCUUUCAGAGCGUGGCGCGUAAGCUGGAAGAUGUGAUCAAGCUGGUGCUACCACCCUCGAAGCGCAGCAUUGUUGCAUCUGACGCCACCAUCACGGAGCCCCUGAUUCAGAUUAUCCGCAUCAUCGGGUUCAAAUACCCCGAGUUUUGCUUUCGCACCAUCAUAUUCCCUCUCAUCAAUGCCGAGCUCUUCAUCGCCAACAAGGAGCUGAGAGUCGAGCAGCUGGACCCGGACAGGAUCGUGGUCGGCAUCCGAGCCUUCCUGAGCAUCAUGUCUGAUUUGGAAAAGGGAGAGCAAGGCCGGCCACCUUUCCCCCAGGUGUACGAUUCUGGAACCACGGCCAUCCCUGAACGAUUCCCCGCAUCGCCCAUAUUAGCACCGCCUCGCACUCCUUCUCUGUCUACGUCGGCCUCUUCAUCUUCAUCAAUCAGGGAGUCUCACGUUUCGCGUCCCGUACUCACUCACGUACUUACCGACGGUGUCCGAGAGUACUACCUCAAGUUUUGUGAAAUCCUCGGCAAGAUUACCAUUGUCUGCGACAACACCUUUGGUGGCCAGGCUGCCUUGGACGAAAAGUUUGGCAGCCCUGGCCCCAAGACACCCAUCUCUGAAUCCUUCACCUUUUCACGUCGUGAUGAGCAUCAAAGCGCGGCAGAUCAGAAGCAAGCGUUUUACGAGCUACUACACGUUGCCGUGCAGGCACUCCCCCGCUGCCUCUCUGUCGAUAUACCCUUUAACUCCCUAAUUAAUCUCUUAUGCACGGGCACUGCUCACGUCCAGUACAACAUUGCUGAAUCUUCUGCCAACUCCCUCAAGGCCAUUGCUCGCCAGUCCCACGCGCAGCAGGUCACCAUGGGCUUCGCACGCUUCAUUUUUAACUUUGAUGAUCGAUACUCGACCAUGUCUGACGGCGGAAUGCUGGGAGCUAACCACAUCGAAAACACGCUGCGGCUCUAUGUCGAGCUGCUGAAGAUAUGGAUAGAGGAGAUCAAGCAAAAGUCCCGAGACGCCGCCGCCGCGGGCGAUUCCGAGGCAAACGGCUCCGACAACCGAGCCCUGAAGCUGGAUCUGUCCAGCAUCUGGGCGGAAGUUGACCAGGCCGAAGCACACGGGCUGUUCUUUCUCUGCUCCCAGUCACGGCGCGUUCGGUACUUUGCAAUCACGGUGCUCCGCCUCAUCACCGAGUUUGACAAGGCUCUCGGAAAGGACCCAUCUGAAGAAAAAGACUCGCUGAGACUAAUCAAUGUUCUCGAGAAUGACUCGUCUCAGGUGAUGAACUUCAACGACGAGCAUCUAUCCGUCGCUGAGCGAAGCAGACUGCAACGGGGCCUGCAGAACGGCAACGGCAAAGGCGCCCUCGUUGAGCUCUGCACCAGUGAAGUGACCUAUGAUACGACGUUGUGGUUCAAGAUCUUCCCUAACCUGAUGCGGAUUGCAUUUGAAAAGUGCCCGUUUGCCGUUACAAUCUGCCGAGACCUGAUCUGCAACCGCGUCCUUCAGAUGUACAAGCCCAUUGUCUACCUGUCCGAGCCCUCAAGGGGUCCUCUCCAUACUGGCGAGGGCGUUCACCAUAACCGCCCGGUGCCUCGCUCGCCUACUACGCAGCCGGAGUCCAUCGUGGAACAGUGGAAGCUGUAUCUCAUCUUUGCUUGUACCACCCUGGCAGAUCCCGGGAGCCCGCCACAGAGUAUCCCCAAGGAGGCCAUUCAGCACACGCGCAAAUCCUCGAAAUCCUCUUCCUCGGCGGACAAGAUCGUGACGGCGAGGACGCUUUUCAAGUACCUCAUCCCGCUUUUGUCUGCCACAUCGGCGUCGGUACGGGAUGCCGUCGUCGUUGCCAUGGGCUCCAUCAACAUACAUAUAUAUCAGACACUGCUUGAAGAGCUUCAAGGUCAGGUAUCCCGCUGCAAUGAUGAAGCCCGUGCGAGAAUCCACCAGCGAACAAACAGCAGCCCCCGCAGGAAUCGCAAGAUGGACCUCCUCAGGACAGAGAUUACGCAUGUUUUCAAACUGACGUCGCAUUUCCUGAAAGAUCCCAUUGUCUACCAGUCCGACUUCUUCCUGAGCACGUUGACUGCCUACGCCAGAGACCUCAAGCUGUUCUUGAUGGAUGGAGAAGUGCAGAUGGACUGGGAGUUCCAAAAGCUGCGGAGAUACUACUGUGGGCUCAUGGAGUCGCUGUAUGAAGGCAUCAACCGGACCAGCGACCCUACUCGCUGGAUGACGUUUGAGUCUAGAAAAUCGGCAUUCUCCCUCAUGGAGGACUGGUGCGGUUUCUCGCCCAACCAAAACCAGGUCCGGGCCAGAGAAGACAACAUGCGGCAGAACCUGAUAGACCAGCAAUCCCUGGGCGAACGAGGCACGGCCACCGCAGCCAUGGAGAUUGAGAAGCGCAACCUCAGAACUGCGGCCCUGAGUGCCAUGGCUUCCCUAUGUGGCGGUCCCAUCAGCUUGACGACGGAGAGCGGUGCCACGCUGCAGUUUGACAUUCGCCGAAUGCUCGCGUGGAUCGAGGCCAUCUUCAACUCGGGCAGCGACAAGAUGAAUGUCAUAGGGAGGAGGGCUCUCAAAAACCUGGUGGUCCACAACAAAGAAUACCCGUACCUGCUAGAGCACUGCAUUGCGCGCUGUUACCUGGCGGACGUAUCCAAAGUGCUGGAGAGCUACUUCAUGGUCACGGUCGAGGUAUUGCAGGACCACGGCGAUUAUCCCUGUCCCUUCUGGAAGCUCAUAGCCCUGUGCCUGUUCAUGCUCGGCAACGAUCAGAGCGAGGUCCGGUCCAAGUCCUCGACUCUGCUGCGAGUGCUCGAGACUCGUCAGCAGAGGAACUCCAAGAUUCAGGACUUUGACAUCAGCGUUUCCGAUAAGACGCAGGCCGUGUACAAGCUGGCCCAGUUUGAAAUCUCCAAGCGACUGGCGAACCAGUAUACGGAGCUCGCCUUCCACGUCAUCUCCGAGUUUACCUUGUACUUCAAGGACCUGCAGCCGGCCAUGCAGCGAAACGUUGUUGCCGUUGUCUUGCCGUGGAUCCAGGCCAUUGAGCUGACGCUGGAUCCCAACGGGGGUCCUACAGCCGAGUCCUACGUCCUCUUGGCCAACCUGCUGGAAAUCACAAUCAAGUCAGGAGGCGCGCUGCACAACGAAGUCCAGGCGCUGUGGCAGGCCCUCGCUACGGGGCCACACCCCGGCAACGUGCGUCUCGUGCUCGAUUUCAUCAUGCAGCUGUGCCUGGAGCGACGCGAGCAGAACUUUGUCGAGUAUGCCAAGCAGAUUGUCGUGUUCCUCUCGACGUCAAACAGCCCGCCGGGCAGCAAAGUGGUCGAAUUCCUGCUGACGCAAAUCACUCCAAAGGCCAUGGUGCCCAUCGAGAAGAGGGAGAUGGCGCAGACACCGCCCGACACCAGCAGCAUGCCUUACUGCGCCGACCUGGCAGAAGCGCUCCCCGUCGGCACGAAACAGGCUGGCUUUUCUCUUGGCCAGCUCUCGCUGAUUCUGCUCGUGGAUCUCAUGGUGUCUCCGGUGCUUCUCGCGCCGGAUAGCGUGCCACUGCUGUUGCAUGUUGUUACCGUGCUCUGGGAUCACUACACGCCGUUGGUACAGGACCAGGCUCGCGAGAUGCUGGUGCAUCUCAUUCACGAGCUGGUCAUGUCGCGCAUUGACGACCAGACAGAUCCGCAUCACAAGGAGUCUAUAGAGGAACUGAUAGAUUUAGUUCGUCAGCAUGAUCGUUCCGUGGUGUGGAGCUACGAAGACAGCAACGGUAAGGUCUACGACCAUGAGAACAAGGUGCCCCCCGGCAUGGAAUACCUCACCAACGAGGUGGUCAGGACCUUUGAGGUGUCGUUUCCGGGAAUCAAGGAGCAAUGGGGCAGGUUGUCGUUGACAUGGGCUACGUCAUGUCCCGUUAGGCACUUGGCAUGCCGCUCAUUUCAAAUCUUCCGCUGCGUCCUCACCUCGUUGGAUCAGUACAUGCUUGGAGAUAUGCUUGCUCGCCUGUCCAAUACUAUUGCGGACGAGGACCCUGAGAUUCAAGCCUUUUCCAUGGAGAUCCUGACGACUCUCAAGACGCUCAUUAUCAAGCUGGACCCUGAGAAGCUCAUCACCUUCCCGCAACUAUUCUGGACUACGUGCGCAUGCUUGGAUUCAAUCAACGAGCGAGAGUUCCUUGAGGCGGUGGAGAUGCUGGACGUGCUCAUUGACAAGGUCGAUUUCAGAGCCCCGAACGUGAGGAGGGUGAUUGCAGACGGACAGCCAAGCCGGUGGGAGGGCCAGUUUGAAGGACUCCAGCCUUUGCUGCACAAGGGUCUGAGGUCAUCGCUGUGUUGGCAGCCGACGCUUGACAUUAUGGACAAGCUGGUCAAGCUCCCCGGAGACGGCCUCAUUGGCGACGACAACCGGCUGUUCUUUGGUCUGCUGGCCAACUUCCCCCGAUUCCUGGAUGAGCUGGAACGCGGUGGACUUGGUCCGGAGGCUCUAAACACAGCCAAGAUCCUGCUUUCCGAGUCCGAUCGGCAGGGCCUUGAAGGCAUUGGACAUGUUCUGGACGGCUUAAUCUCCGAUCGCUUCCAGAGCGCCGAGGAUUUCAUGGUUCAGCUCCAUGCCGCGCUUCGCGAGUUUUAUCUGCCGCACAUGGAGUUCAAGAUGAUCACGUUCCUGAUGGGACUGUUGACGAAUUCGCUGUCUUGGGUCAAGGUUCAAACCAUGCGGAUCCUCUGCGUCGUGAUUCCGGAUAUUGACAUGCGAAACCCGGAGAUUGCCGUUCACGGGUCCGAUCUCAUAUCGCCGCUACUGCGUCUGCUGCAGUCCGAGUUCUGCAUGGGGGCUCUCGAGGUGCUGGACAACAUCAUGACCAUGUCCGGAAGCCACAUGGACAAACAGCACCUGAGGAUGAGCAUGGCUCGCUUGACGUCGAAAGCGGUGCGAAAGGAGUACGAGCGCACCCAGAGCCUGUUUGGCAUCCCCGAGCUAUCCGGAUGGGCCAUUCCGGUGCCCGCGAAGAAGACGGAGGCGACCAGAGCCAACAUUCAUGCCGCGUUUUACAUGUGCCAAAGCGCCGAGGGCUCAUCGACCGAGCCUACGCCGACAGCCGGCGUCGAGUUUCAUUCGGAGGACUUUCCGUAUGGAUACUUUGACUCGUUGGAUCGGACGGAGACAAUGCUGUCUGAUGAGGCGCGGGGCGAUGCUCAUCCUGGCGACCUGGUUACGAAGUUGGAUAGCCUCGAUGACUUCUUUGAUGAGCCCGCGAGUCCUCACACGGACGAUGACGGGCGUUCUUCCAUGACCAUUACAGAGUUUACGCCCGAGUCCUACGAGACGGGGACAGAGCUGUACGACGAACAGAUCCUGCCCAUCCUGCACGAAGCAUCCAACAACGGCAACACUUCGUUCCAAAACGGGUUCGUCGAUCGACCGGCGGCAGUCUUUUCAGGGGUGAAUGCCUCCAAUACAAUGACCCCAGGUGCAUUCUCCGUCGGCGGCGUCCUAUCGCCUCCCCGGCCAGGCCUCCACGCUCGCUCAAUCACAUCGCCUUCGGCACCACCGUCGCACUACCCGCACGAUUUCGCGUCCGACGAUGAGCUGGCCAUGAGCGGGUUUUCGGAUGCAGACGAUGAGCGGAUCGAUCUGGGAAGCAUGGACGACGGGUCAUCGUUUUCGCUGGAGAGCACCUAUGGGACGACCCAACGACAGGGGCCGCCGCCUCCGCAGCCGAACUUUGUGCGGCUGACGAGCAGGUCGAGGGAGAGGCAGAGGGACAAGGCGCCUCCGCAGCCAGUGCCCAAGAUGUCGAGCAAGCUGUACAUGACGAAUAUUCCUGGGCAAGGGGACGUUAUUUAG